AAAAUACCUUCAGUUCAAAUGUACAAUGGCAAUAAAAUUCCCAUCAUUGGAGUUGGUACUUAUCUAAUGAAAGAUGAGAAUGAACUGUCAAAAAUAAUUGGCGAAUCAUUGCGGAUUGGGUACAGGUUAAUCGAUACUGCCGCUGUUUAUCGCAAUGAAGCGAUAAUUGGAAAAAUUAUUUCCGACGUUUCAUCGUACAAUCUUAAUAGAAGUGAUAUUUUUAUAACGACAAAAUUAAGCCCAGCUGAUCAAGGCCGUGGUAAAUGUAAACAAGCUAUUUUGGAUUCUCUUGAACGUUUGAAAUUAUCAUACAUUGAUCUUGUGUUGAUACAUUUUCCGGGUAGUAGUCGAUCAACUCCUAAUAGUCCAAAAAAUCCUGAAAAUCGCCGUGGAAGUUGGGAAGAUCUGGAAGAAUUACAGAAUUCAGGUAUUGUAAAAAAUAUUGGCGUUUCCAAUUAUACAAUAAGACAUUUGCAAGAACUUUUUGGUUAUGCCAAAAUCAAACCUGUUGUUAAUCAGAUCGAAGUACAUCCAUUGUAUUAUCCAAAGGAAUUGAUCGAUUUUUGUAAAAAUCAUUCAAUCAUAGUGCAAGCUUAUUCAUCUCUUGGAGCACGUGAUGGUUGGCCAAUUUUGUCGACAAAUUCUACAUUAAAAGAAAUUGCUAAAAAAUAUGAGAAAACUGUUGCACAAAUUCUGCUCAAAUGGUCUUUACAACAUGAUUUAUGUAUCAUUCCAAAAACGUCGAAUGUUGAAAGAUUAAAAUCUAAUUUUCAAAUUUUUGAUUUCAAAAUAUCUCUCGAAGAUAUGGCAAAAAUUGAUGGCCUCAACGAGAAUCGAAAAUUCUGUUGGGAUAAUUCACAGAAAUAUGGCGAGGUAAGAAUUGGUCCAAUGGAAAAAGCACGACAUGUAACUGUAUUAUUAAAUCCAGUCGCUAAUAAACGAAAAGGAAAAGCAGAUUAUGAAAAAUAUUGUGCUCCAUUAUUUCAUUUGGCCGGCAUAAAAGUUUCAUUGGUAAUAACCGAGGCUGAAGGUCAAGUUAAAGAUCUGAUGGAAAUUAUGGAUAAUACUGAUUGUGUUGUGGUAGCUGGCGGUGAUGGUACCGUUCAUGAAGCAAUCACCGGUUUAUUGCGCCGAAAAGAUUCAUCCGAUGCAUUACGAAGAUUUCCUAUUGGGAUUCUACCUGUUGGAAAAAAUAAUUCUAUAUCGUAUAAACUGAAUUCCCAAAUUUUUAAUCCCAAAACAGAUGAAAAGGCUAAAAUUCUGGCCGAAAGUUCGAUGGCUGUCAUUAGACAGACAUUAAACAAUGUCGAUGUCAUGAAAAUAGAAGGUGAACGUGGUCGACCUGUUUAUUCAAUUGGAUUUAUGAAUAUUGGUCAAUUACAAGAUGUAUUUCGUAAAGUUGAUCAAUAUUGGUAUCUAGGACAACGAAUGAAACCAUAUCUAGCAUUGUUUUUUCAAUCAUUUAAAAAUUUAUCCACACAUUGGGACGAAAGCCAAGAAAUAUCGAUAGAGUAUACGAAACCAUGCACAGGUUGCUCCAAAUGUUUUCAAAGAUAUGAAAUGGAUUCAACAGAACCAUCAGUUGAAUCAACGUUGAAAGCAAGCAAUAAACGUUGGUGGCAUUCAUUCAUGCCAUUACCCAAACAUACACCACCUGUAAUCGAUCCAGUAGCUGAAGCUAAAAAACAAUUAAUAGAAACAAUGAAAAAAACUUUAAAUGAUGAUUGUGAUAAAUGGGAUACUAUUAAACUUGGAUGCAAAAACAUUCUAGUGCAAGAUACAUUGAACAAUUCAAUUGAAUUGACAAUCCAUCCUGCCGAUAUGGACAGAGUUUCCUUCAUCAAAGAUGGCGCUCGAAUGUUUCGAAAAGAAUCACCCGAAACAGGUACAGUGAUCCAAACUAAAGACUGUCGAAUUCACACAAUGUUUGGCGACGAUGUUGAGAAACCUGUAAUUUCGCAUUUUAAUUUAGUUGAUCAAAUCGAACAAAACAGACCAAAUGCAAUAAAAGAAAUUGAUGAGAGUGACAACCGUGACGAUGGUCUUGACCAAACGGAACAAAACAUUCAAAAGUCUGACAUUAAAGAUGAUGACAAUGUUGAUGAUAAUAUUGGAUGGAUAUCUAUUGAUAAUGAAUGCUAUGAAAUGCCUUCCAAAUUUGAAAUCAGCCUCCUACCAAGACGUGUCCUUAUUUAUCACCAUCAUCAAAACUGCUAAUCAAGGAUAAAUCCUUUACUAACACAAAUAUAUUGAUUGUUUGAAUAAUGAAAAUCGAUUUUCUUCACACACUCACACAAAAUAUUUGUAGUUUGUGAAGAAUUAUAUUUUUUU